UGCUUGUGGAAACAGUACACAAACUCGCCAAGCAUGAAGUUGAAGCGGUUUCUUCUGCGCUAUUAUCCUCCAGGUAUAAUACUGGAGUAUGAACAGGGUGGGAGUCUGAAGACGAAGUCCAUCGAUCUCCUGGACCUGAAGCAACAGACGGACAUUGAUGCGGUUGUGGAUGAAAUAUCUCGCAAGGAGCCUCUCAUCACCUCCUCCAAAACAGAACAAGUCAGAAAGCUCAUUAUACGUUUGCAGGAGAAGUUGUCACAUCCCGAUGAUCAUCAUUAUUACUUGUUCAAGGUGCUACGAGCUCACAUCCUUCCUCUCACAAAUGUUGCCUUCAAUAAGUCGGGAUCAAGCUUUAUCACUGGUAGUUACGACCGUACUUGUAAAGUGUGGGACACAGCGUCAGGGGAGGAACUGUUCACACUCGAGGGACAUCGGAAUGUCGUCUACGCCAUUGCCUUUAAUAACCCUUUUGGUGACAAGAUUGCAACAGGUUCUUUUGACAAGACAUGUAAGCUUUGGAGCGCUGACUCGGGAAAGUGCUACCACACAUUCAGAGGACAUACAGCAGAAAUUGUGUGUUUAAGUUUCAACCCAGCCAGUUCAGUUCUAGCAACAGGGAGUAUGGACACGACGGCCAAACUGUGGGAUGUGGAAACAGGCACCGAGCUCAAUACUCUCAAUGGCCACUCAGCUGAGAUCAUCUCAUUGUCCUUCAACUCCACCGGCUCCCAACUCAUCACCGGCUCGUUUGACCACACAGUUUCUGUCUGGGAUGUACGCUCGGGGCAACGGAUCCACACGUUGAUCGGCCAUAAAGCCGAAAUCAGCAGUGCUCAGUUCAACUGGGAUUGUUCCCUCAUAGCUACGGGCUCCAUGGACAAGACCUGCAAGAUCUGGGACACUCAGACAGGUCGUUGCAUUGGGACACUCCGUGGUCAUGACGACGAGGUCUUGGAUGUGGCAUUUGACUACACUGGACAGAGCUUGUUGACGGCAUCGGCAGACGGAACUGCCCGGGUCUACAACUCUGUCACUCACAACCUUAUGUGCAAGCUUGAGGGGCAUGAAGGGGAGAUCUCCAAGGCUUCCUUCAACCCUCAAGGCACCUCAGUACUGACGGCCAGUUCGGACAAGACAGCGAGGCUGUGGGACUCCGAGUCUGGAGUGUGUAAACAGGUCCUGGAGGGCCACACAGACGAGAUAUUCAGCUGCGCAUUUAAUUAUGAAGGAAAUACAAUAAUAACAGGUAGCAAAGACAAUACUUGUCGUAUUUGGAGAUGAAGUCAUCAUCAUCGUGCAAUCUGUGAUCAGUAUUACAUAUGGGUGACAUCGCCACACCCUCACUUCCAGACAUCCCCGGUCCAGAUGGAUCUGCUACAAGGAAAACAUCAACCCUCAAGAUGGGGCUUGGCAGAAACUUCUCUUGCAUCAGAAUCUGUUAUUAAGAAUAUGAGGACACUCUACCUUCAUUCUCAGUUUCUUACAGUAACAUUUCUUGAAAUGCCUUCAGGUCAUUUUGACUGAAAAUGCAUUUUAGUAUGUUAAUGGUACAUAUGUUCAAUUUUUCUGUGAAAGCUUUGACAUUUUUCGUCGUUAAUUGUUAAUGUGGGGAAAGGAUGAAAUUGAAAUUAAGAUGAUUAUAUGCAUCAUGAAAUAAAAGCUCAAAAUUGUAAUUAUUGCUGAACUAGAAAAAGUUUAUUUUACUUGUCUGUGCUUUUGGGGUGUUAAAAUCUAGUGUGAGAUAGAAAUCUGAAUGUACCGGUAAUAUACAAUGGAAGUAGAUGAGGUUAUUAAUUAUGAAUUUUACCACCCAUUUUCAAACAUAAUCAGCUUGCCAAUGAAACAUCUUUCAUGACAGCAUCCAAGUAUACUGAUUUUUGCCCUCAAUAGUUGGUACUGUUGGUACUAUUUGGUGACUGAUGGUACAAAGAUGUACUGAUUUCAGAAAUUUAUUGAAGUAUUAUGUUCUAAUGAAUUUCUAGACUGUGUGUGCAAUGGUUUACAAUUUGUCUGCAUUCCAAUAUUUUCAUUUCGAAUAUUCAGUCAUUCAUUUAUACAAGAUUGUAUAAUCGUAUUAUUAUCCAACACCAUUUGAUUUAGUUAGAGAUCUUGAAGUAUCAAAAUGCAGUCCUAGUCUCCACCCUUUGAUGUCAGAUUUGAACUUUCAUAUGUGUCAUGUUAUGUAGAAACCACAAAGUUUGGUGUCAUUAACUAAGAUUUCACAUGUUUGCACUUGAAGAAUAUCAAUUCAAGUCUGUUCAAGAGGUCAUGUUUAGAAUAAUAUUAUCAAUUGAUAUUGACGUUUGUUCAGGAUGUUAUUAUUUAUAAAUGUUCGAGAGACAUGUCUUGAUGGAUUUAAUGCCUUAUCAAUGAUGAAGCUGCUGUCAGUCACUUCCUUGGAUAUGUUGGAAGAGAAAGAGUAAAUUCCUCUGAAGUUCUAUUCUUUGGCCCAUCCAUUAUUGUGUAUGUGUUUCUCACCUCUACCUCAAGCACCAAGAGAGCAUGCAGGCAAGAAUAAAACUGGGAUACAAAAGGAUCUUUUUUUCCCAAACUGUGUAACCUAUCUUAUAUGAUUUUUAGAAUUUAGAUUUCUUUUCAAUAGGCUUUAAGUUUAUCUCCAUUUAUAAUGGAGAUCAAGUCCCUAUGUAUCAUAAACAGCUUUUAAUAAAUGCUGACCUGGUUUGUGCAGAGGAAUAGUAUUUUUUAUCACAUCACAGCAUAAAAUUCCACAGUUACAGGUAAAAUUGAGAUAAUUAUAUUUUAUAUUUUUUACAUGGGAAUGUAAAAUUCAGGGUGAGAUGAGAAACACAGAAAAUACUGUUGGCAGUGUUGAUAUUGAAAAAUGCUAGAAAAAAAUAUUAUUUUGUUUGAGGAAAAAAUGUAUGUCACUAAGUAAAAUGACUAGAAAAGAUCAUUUUAACUCGGGCAUAAAUUCCAGAGACCACCUCAUCAAAGUUUCAUCAGUUCAUGAAUGUAUGAUUGUUUUUAUCUUGUGUUUUGUACAACCUGAAAUACCGUCCAGACUUAGAUGUAUUUACUGUUUACUUGUGUGCUUUUGAGGGGCGGUGGGGUAGCCUAGUGGUUAAAGCGUUGGCUCGUCACGCCGAAGACCGGGUUCGAUUCCCCACAUGGGCACAAUGUGUUAAGCCCAUUUCUAGUGUCCCCCGCCGUGAUAUUGCUGGAAUAUUGCUAAAAGCGGCGUAAAACUAAACUGUCAGUGUGUGCUUUUGAAAGAAAUGACUUAGUUUUACAUUACCGUCCAAAGUGUUAAUUAGUGCCAACAAUGUUUUUAUAUGUUAGACAAACAAAGAAAUAAAAAAAUUAUGUGUUCACCUUUUUCUUUACAACUAAGUACCGUCCAUUUUUAUCUCAUACUGAAAAAGAGAGUACACUUCACUAUGUAUUUUAUUGCUUUCACGAAAAGAAUGCUCUCGGUAUAUUUGACUGCUUUUAUUAAAGGGAGGCAGUAUUGGUUUCUUACUUUCAAAAAAGAGAAUAUCCCAAUUAUAUGUUUCCUUGAUUUAAAAAUCAAUAUGGACCAAAUACAUUGUUUAUUUGUUUUCAUGAAAAGUAUGCACCAAAUAUGUUUCCUUCCCCCACACUUUCAUGUAUUUACUGUUUAAUUGUAUAUUUUUGAAAGAAAUGACUAGGUUUUGCCUAAGUUUAACACAACCGUCCAAAGUGUUAUUCAGUGCCAAUAAUGUUUUAUUUUUAUGUUAGACAACCGAACAAAACGUGUUAAGUGUUCACCUUUUUCUUUACAACUAAGUACCGUCCAUUUUUAUCUCAAACUGAAAAAGAGCAUACACUUUGCUAUGUAUUUUAUUGCUUUCAUGAAAAGAAUGCUCUCGGUAUAUUGGAUUGCUUUUGUCAAAGAAGGCAGUAUUCGUUUCUUAUUUUUAUAAAAGAGAAUGUCCUAAUUAUGUUUUCUUGAUUUAAAAAUCAAUAUGGACCAAAUGUACUGUUUAUUCACUUUCAUGAAAAGUAUGCACCAAAUAUGUUUCCUUUGUUUUAUGAAAGAUUAUUCACCAAAUAUGUUGUUAUGUUUUCAUGAAAAAGUAUGCACCAUAUAUAUUUUUCCUUGCAUUUAUUGCAAGAGUAUGCACCAAAUAUGUGUUUUCUUGCAUUCAUGAAAGAGGAUGCACCAAAUGUGUGUUUUCUUGUUUUCAUGAAAGGAGGUGCCCAGAAUAUGUGAUUCCUUGCUUUGUUGAAGGUAUUUCCACAACCAUGUUUCUUUGCUUUCGUAAGGAGGAAUACACAAAAUUUGUUACCUUGCUGUCAUGCAAAAUGUAGUGAAUUUAUUGCUUUAAUAAAAUUAAUUGUAGAAAAUAGUGGUUACAUGGCUUUCAGUGAAAGAAAUGCACUUAAUGGGUUUAUUCUUGCUUCCAUGAAAAGUUAAUUGAUAAGAUCGGUGUUUCAAGCAUAUUUUUUCACAUAUUGUCCUAUCCAUUUAUUGACUGUUGCUUUGUUUCCUGCGCAGUUGUGUCUGCUUGACUGGUUGUACUGAGAGUAAAUUUCUGUGUGUUUUAUCAAGGUAUUUAUCAUUUGGUAUUCAUAGCUUUUAAGUUGACUUAAGCAUUGUUUCAUUCCAAACCCUUAAUUUGCUUUGGGUCUUAUUAAACCCAUUCCAAACUAGCUAGCGCUCAAAUAUUUUUAACCAUAGUGUGCUUCAGUGUCAUUCAAACUGAAUGCAUAAUGGCAUGCCUUGUGGUACUUCUAGGGGAUUCAGCCAGUCAGAAAGGUGAUAGAUUGUCAUAUGUGGAAGUCCACUGAUGGAUAAGAAUCAUCAAUUUUGUUUCAGUCUCCAAAACAUCAGCUGAUACUAAGCUAGGGGUUAUUGCAUGUCCAGGCUUUGUCAGUACAAUCAUGUUAAAUUUUGGACUUUUCAGGUAAAUUUGUGUCAUGAUCAAGGAGUGGAAAUGUCAUAAAAUCAACCAAAAUUCAUGUUUCAUGUAUACAAAUGUUACUUUAUCACCUUUAUUUUGACAUGCAUUAAAGAAAAUAUUUGUUCA